UUAGUGUUUUUUCAGACACACAGCACAAGUGAGCGGGGCUAGAGACUCCCUCAACAACAAAAAAAGAGCGGUUUGUUGUGUCUCUUGCAGCCUUCCUUCUUCCAGGAGCUGGGGUGUGAAGCUGGGAGGGGUUCCUGGUAACGACUGGCUUCUGUUGAGUCUCAAAACAAAAUGGCCAUGAGAUGAUAAAGAAGGGAGAGAAGCUUUGUUUUACAACCCAGUGAUCAGACGACACAAAACUGAGCUUUUUUUGCUAUGGAUAUAUUCCUAUCAGAUGAAAGAUAUAAAGACCUGGAUCUUUUCUGUGUGUUGCAUGGAGGUAUCAAUUGGAGGAUCUAACAAGUUCUGAUUGGAAUUCCUGGGAUCCUUAAAGCCUUUUUGUUAUUAAUUUCAGCAAAAUACUUGUAGCUAUUUAAACCUAAAAGAAAUCUAUAGAUGGGGUGUAAUUAUAGCUGUGUGGCCCAUACACUGAGCAUAUAUAUGUGACUGCAGGAACAGCUGUUUGUAGCCACAAGAGCCUAUGUGUGAAAGAAGAAACAGCUGUCUACAUCUAAAAGUAUUCUGUAUAUGUGACUGUAGGAUUAGCUGACAGUACCCAAAGGAGCUUCUAUGGGAUUGCACCAAUAGAUAUGUUGUACCCAAGAAGAGCUUCAAUUUCUGAUACCAGGGAUAGCUAUGUUCAUUUACAAGGAGUUUCUAUGUGCAACUGCAGGAAUAGCUAUCUAAACCCAUACGGAGCUUAUAUAUAUAUGAGUGUGACACAUUGAGAAUAUAAAUCGCUGAAUUCCAAGGAACUUUUAAGACCUAUCUAUGGAACAGGGAUUUGCAAGGAUCCAUCUGUACAGAGGUUUUAUGUGAUCUUAAAGGAAGGACCCUCUGAAGAGCUUACCACAGUUUGUCACACAGAAUCUUUGCAUAAAUGGGUCCCGUCAUGCCUCCCAGUAAGAAGCCGGAGGGCCCAGGAAUUAGUGUUUCCAGUCAGUGUUACAGGAGCAGCGUGUUAUCGAAUCCACUUCACGAUGACGAUGACUUGGACUUUUCGCCACCCACUGUCAGAAUAAACAAGGAGAAAGGGGGUAUGGAAGACGAAGAAUUAACAAACUUAAACUGGUUGCACGAGAGCAAAAACUUGCUCAAAAGCUUUGGGGACACUGUUUUAAGGAGUGUUAGUCCCGUUCAGGACAUUGACGAUGACACCCCACCCUCACCUGCUCAGUCGGACAUGCCCUACGAUGCCAAGCAAAACCCAAACUGCAAACCUCCUUACUCUUUCAGCUGCCUCAUCUUUAUGGCUAUUGAAGACUCUCCUUCUAAGAGACUGCCAGUAAAGGAUAUUUAUAAUUGGAUCCUAGAACACUUUCCUUACUUUGCAAAUGCGCCUACUGGCUGGAAGAACUCCGUCAGGCAUAACCUGUCUUUGAAUAAGUGUUUUAAGAAAGUGGAUAAAGACAGAAGUCAGAGUAUUGGAAAAGGAUCCCUUUGGUGCAUAGACCCAGAAUACAGACAGAACCUGAUACAAGCCUUGAAAAAGACCCCCUAUCAUCCGUAUUCCCACGUCUUCAACACACCCCCCACCUCUCCUCAGGCAUAUCAAAGCACACCAGUCCCACCCCUGUGGCCAGGCAGCAACUUCUUCAAGAAAAAUGGGUCCCUCCUUCAAGAUCCGGACAUUGACGCUGCGUCUGCCAUGAUGCUUUUGACUUCUCCCCAUGCAGGUUUUUCCCCUGGAGUGAUACAAAAUGGAGCUCGUGUGCUGAGCAGAGGAAUUUUUCCAGGGGUUAGACCUUUGCCAAUUAAUCCUAUUGGAAGCAUGUCUGCCUCAGUAAGAAAUGGGAUAGCAAACUGCCGAAUGAGAACAGAGAGUGAACCGUCGUGUGGCUCUCCAGUAGUAAGCAGCGACCCCAAAGAGGACCAUAACUACAGCAGCGCCAAAUCCUCCAAUAAAAGAAGUUCUUCACCCAACAGUGACUCUGUAUCAACGUCCUCCGCUGAUGACCAUUAUGAAUUUGCAGCCAAAGUCUGCCGAGCUGGCAGUGACACCAGUCUCCAGAGUCACGAGAGUUAUAGUGAGACAGAAGAGGAGGAUAAGAAACUAGUCAAAAAGGAGACAAAGGAUUCCUUAGCUGACAGUGGCUAUUCCUCACAGCACAAGAAAAAGCAACACUUGCUCAAAGUACGUAGAAUCCCCAGUGAUGCUCUACCACUGAAAAAGAGACGUACAGAAAAGCCGCCAGAGAGCGACGAUGAAGAGAUGAAAGAGGCAGCCGGUUCCCUCCUGCACUUGGCAGGAAUCCGCUCUUGCUUGAAUAACAUCACCAAUCGGACGGCUAAAGGGCAGAAAGAUCAGAAAGAUAAAGAUACAACAAAAAAUUAAAGCAAAUCAUUGAUUUGUGUGGACCUUGAAACCUUUUCUUUCAGCACGUCAGGUGAAUUUAAUGAUUUUGUGGCAAUAUCAACAUUUUUUCCCCUUUUUUUAUUUUAUUAUUUUUUUAAUUAUAAUUAUUUUUUUUGGACCCUUAAAAUGUUUUAUUUUUUAAAGGAGAUUAAAGCCAUAGAACUCA